UGCGUUCAAAAACAUGUAGGGGUUGUGGAAGAAGUGCGCGUAGGUUGACCCAGACAGAAUUCGGGACCACCGCGUUGAGCGACCAUGGUUUGCACGCUGGUUUGCACGGCGUUGGGAGCAUUGCGACCAUUCAUUAGACAUUCCACUCAUUCGCCCCAACACUGAAAAGCAGCCGAAGCCGGUCUCCCAGAAAGGCCCAGCCUCCCCUCCCAACAAUGGCCGUCCCACCACCCCCAUCCACCACCCCCGCCCCCUCAGACAUCAAGAUCGACCCGUCAGUCUGGGAAAACCCCUACCACCCCCUCCCGGGGCCCCCCCAAACCGCGGCCGAACGCACCCUCCUCCAAUCCCUCAUCGCCUCCGAACGAGCCUCCGCCCGCAGCGCCAUCUCCGACAAACUGACCCAUGCGUCUCUGAAAGAAUGCGCAAAGGACAAUUGCGCGGACGUGGAAUGGCGGUGGAUGGACUGUCUUGUCAAUGGCGGGUGGUGGGAACGGCAGAUGGGGUGUGGGGAGCGGAAGGAGGAGUUUCGGCGGUGUAUGCGCAUGCAGAUGGAAAACCUGAAACUCCUUGGCUAUGAAAACCACGGGACGACAGCGCGGGAGAAGGCGAUCAUUGCGGACGAGGCUGAUCGGGUGUAUCUGAAGCAGAGGGCGGAGAUUGCGAGGAAAGAGGCGGAGGAGAAGGGGCAGGCGGGGACGGUGUGAGAUUGGGGGUUGGGGGCAGGAUAUUUUCGGCGUUGUUGGUCAAGGCAUGGGGAAGUGAUGCACGGCGGGGU